AUGGUUGUAAGCCGAGCUAUUAAAGGAGUCAUUGAAAAAAAUUAUUUAGAAAUAAGCAGAAGUGUCCCUUUGGUACAUAUACUAUAUGCUCUACGUGGUGUACAAAUUUUAUCUAAUGAAGAAGUCGAAAAACUGAGAGAUGACUGUAAAACUGACGACGAACGAGCCUUUGAAUUCCUAAAAGUACUGGAAUCAAGGAGCGAUAAUAACUUUUAUCAAUUUUGUUGCUUGCUAAGAGAGAGCAAUAUUCGUAAUGUUCGAAAACUUGAAAGAGCUGCAAGUUCCACUCAUACAACAGAUAGCCAAGUUCGACAAGUGAAAAAAAAUCGGAUAUCAUCUUCAUCUUCUAACAAACAAGUAAAAUCGACGUUACCUGACGAUAUCACACCAAAGCAGAAAGAGCCUGUCAAUACAGAAAUUCCUCUUCGACAGCUUCCUCAAACUCCAGAGAGUCACCACGUUAUAAGAAAGGACAUUGUAGACCAAAUUUGUACUCAAUUACAGGAAAUAGACAAGUCAAAUGGUAAAAUUUUAAUACAUGGUAUGGCUGGUAGUGGUAAAACAACAACUGUUUGCCAGUCUGUUAGACAAGCUACUAAUAUGGGCUUAUUUAAAUCAAAUGGCUGUUACUGGAUGAAAAUCGGCAAUAUUACGUCGAGAGAUAAAAUGAAAUCGAACCAUAAUUUUGUUAGGGAAAAUCUAACGUAUGACGAAGCUAUAGAACUGCUUGCGUUACUUGCCGGUAACGAUAAUGCUCAGACAUUGCGUGAAAAUCCAGUUGUUAAGAAAGUUAUCGACAGUUGUCAAGGUUUACCAUUAGCUAUCGCUUUAAUUGGUGGUCUUGAUUUAAAAACUGAGAAAGAGUGGAAUGCAGCAAAGGAUAUCAUUGCCGAUGAGUCUAUAGAUAUUGGAUUAGCUCAUUACGAUUUCAAUCUAUACGGGACUUUACAAUUAAGUGUUGAUUCUUUGGAUAAUGAGAAUAAACGAUUAUUUGAGAAACUAGCUGUAUUUAAGCGAGUCAGUAUUCCUAUUCAAUCUGUUACAUCGUUAUGGUACUACAAUGAAAUCAAUAAAAUCAAAGCUCAGAAAAAAGCUCAGCUUCUCCUAAGGGAAAUGCAUAACAAAUCAUUACUUACAUAUGAUAAAGAAAAUACUUGCAUGUCGAAUAAGCUAUCAUAUAUCUGCUUUAUGUUAAUUUUGAACUGGGAGGAUUUCGAUCAACUCAAGCAGCUCCUCAAGCAGCAACAACCUUGCCUCGAUGUAGUCGAUCGAGAUGUUAUUCAAAUGAUCUUGUGGGUUGACAUGUCAGAUAGUUGGAUAAAACAGCGAGCUUUGCAAUUAGCUAAGGAAAAUGUGCGAAAUGGUGAAAGUUAUUGGAGCAUGUCAAGGUGUUCAACUAGUGCAACAACUCAAUAUACUUAUGAUGCAUGCAAAGCAUUCGGUAAGAAUGGAUUGGAUAAGUCUAUAUCAGUUUCGAAUCCCGACUUUGGACCUUUGCGAAUAAUUGGUACUCAAAAUAAUUAUGAAGACUGCCAAAUUGUGGUAUGUUAG